AAGCAGGUGCGGCGCGUGUGAGGAGGCGAGAGGGAAACCCAUGACUUCCGCGUUUUUCCUCCCUCGGCGAAACCUCGCGCAGAGUAAGCGCACAGCAGGCGGGCGACUCAGGCUAUAAAAAGUCAAUAUGAUGCGCACUGUCCCGACAGUAGCCUCAACACCCAGAGCUGUCUGUGUGACACCCCGAGGACUAACCUGUGGACCUAAACCAUCGAGCGACAGGAACUGCACAACUUUGUAUCCCAUAAUCGAGCCUUUUUUGGUCGCUGAAACUUGGGAGACUUUUGCCCGAACCUCAGUCACUUUACUGCCCGUGGAUGAGAGACCAGAACCGUGAGAUGGACGUUGAGUCUCUCCAGAAGACAGACAGUAGACGCGGAAGCUGCCUGGACGUUUUUCUCGUUGUGUCCAUCGUUUUUCUCUUUGUGGCGGUGACGGGCUUGGCUGCCGGUGGAGCGAUGUUUGCGCUGGACGUGCGCUCUCAACUCAAGCCUUUUGAAGUCUUACCUCCCACAGCUGAAAGGUUGACAGGACCCGCACCUUACCCAGAGUACAAGAUGCAGAAAUUUGCCUUCCUGGAAGCCAAAUCAGUUGAACUCAAGAACUCCACCAUGCACUGGCAUCCAGUCCACUAUGGUGCUGCUGUGUCCGUCGGAACCAACUUCUUGUUCAACCCGGCGCAGCAGUCGCUGAAGCCACAUCAAGAAGGGACCUACUUCAUGUACAUGGAACUCAAUGUAACCUGCACCUUCAAUUGCAAUGCGGGCCUCUUAAGCGUCAGUGUGGGCGAUAAACUCACGUGUACGUUGAGGCUUCCAGCUACAACAAGUUCAACACCUGUGAGCAAGAAGUGCUGGGCAGUGAGCCAGAUGAAUGGAAAGAAACUGGUCAUGCAGAUGACAGUGCAUGGAGCGGAAAUGAGGUACUGGAGACUGGAGUCAACGGGCUCAGGAUUUGGGAUGUUCCUUGUGGACUAAUAUGGACAUUGUAGUGCGACUGUUGUCACCGUGGUGCAGAUGUGUCCUGACCUGUGCUUCAUACCUAAAAAAAAAAAUGUUUCUUCAAGUGCAUGUGGGUGAAAACGGGGCACACACAAACUUAAAGGUGUAAGACAAUUUCUUCCUCUCACAUACAAUUUAAGGAGAAGAUACAGAAAGGACUAGACACUCAUUCCAUGUAAAUAUGAAUAUUUGUUGCACUGCAUGUGAUAUAUUUAUUCAGUAAUAUUUAUGUGCUGUUAUUUAUAUUCUAAUACUGUUGCCAUUUGUUUUCGAUACAAAUGUAUUUUCAUGGAGAUGCCACUACAUUAGUGCUGAAGUGCAAUAUGUUGUUUUUUAAGCAGCCUGCAUCAGGUCAAGAGACAUCACAGCUCUUGUUUUAUUUAUUUGAAAGACUUGGAAGCUCAAAGAAACGACGUGAGAUCAUUUCUGUUACCAAACUCCAACUUCCAAGUUCCUCAGGGACCUCAUUAAGAUCUGCUGUAGGCACGGCUUUUCAUCUCUUCUGCCAAACGAUGAGCUACACAAAAUGAACAAACAAAACAACAACUGCUUUUACAUAUGUAUCUGUUGAGAAACUGUUUAUACGUCCUAUGGACAAACUACACACUGUUGAAUGUAUUUUUUUUUUACCAUGAUCCAUAUUAAACAUGGACAUAUUUAUGGGUGCGGUGGGCACCGAGUUCAUUUUCGGGAAGUGGAGAGAGCGGUUGGUAGCUGUGAAAGUGAUAGUGGCAAUAUAUGAAAUGGAAUAUGUUGUAAGUUUAUAGGUAAAGGAAAGUUCCCUGCUGUUACGCAGCCUGUACCGGGAACUGCAUGUACAUCACUUCCUGUUUAUUUACCAUGUAUGUGGUUGAGAACUAAACACGAACACCGGAAAAUGACAAACACACAUUAAAUUAAUUGACUCCGAAAA